GUCCAUAUAAAGUCCAACCAUCUUCAAUUAACUCUGCAACUGUUUAUACACCGGUCGCAAAGCAAGAAAUCAGAAAUCAGAAAUCAAAGAUUUUUGUAGGUAUUUUGGUUGAUUUGUUUGGCUGAUUCAAAACCCGAAAGAUCGCCUGCUACAAGAAGAUAUCUUAAUCUGAAUCAUUUGGGUAGAGAAAACUCAUUUUAACUGAGAAGAAAGGCAAAUUGAUCGAAGAAAAUGUGGGUUGCGUUCGAAUACAUUUCAUCGUUGAUUGGUUAGCUUUACAUUUUGUUUGUUUAAUCUAUGGUUUGUUUACUUUUGUUAAUGCGAGGGCUCUGACCUGAUCCUGUUCAGCUGGAUAAAUGUGGCAAAAGGGGCCAUCUUUGUAGGAAAAAGAAGAGAUUCAGGUAGUGGAUCAGCUGGGAAAUAGUUUUUUGAGUAGUUAGGUGUCUUUAUAUUGUGAUUCAUCUUUGAUAAGAUUUAGAUGAUCAAUUGCAAUCAAUAUUGCGCUGGAUUAUAUUUUGGGUUUAUUAGACUGAGUUGAUUUUUAUGGAAAAUUGAAUUGUUAUUUGGGGUGAAGUUUGGUGCUGGUAAUUUAACACCAAGUUUUCAUUUAGAGAAGGAACUAGAACUACAUUAUAAACCCAGUAAUCUUGUAAAGCCUACUGCUGUUUGCGAUUGUAACGAUUUAUUUUCUAUUGGGUUUAUUUGUGGGAAGAUUUCAGAACGUUCAACUUGGUUAUUUGGGAAAAGAACUUGGUACUCUCAUGAUGUCAGUGGGGCAAGCUAAAUUCAUAUCUCAGAAUUUUUUUGUUUUUUCCUGAUUUUACUGGGUGAAUAUGUUCAGCGUGUUUCUGCAUGGCAGAUUUUAUCUGAGCCAUGGAUAAGAAGUUUGCAUUGUGAAUAACGCAGAAGGCUAUUAAUGGGGCGACCUCUUUUCUAUGAGAUAUUGCAGAAGCCUGCAACAAGUUGUAUAAUUGGAAUAUGCAGUGUAAUAUGGUUCUAUAUUCAGAAGAAAAACAUUGGUUAUUCCCAUGUGGGGUUGAGUUAUGAAGCAGCCAGAGAAGGGCAGUAUUGGAGGCUCAUCACCUCGGCCUUCUCACACAUCAGCAUCGUUCACCUGGUCUUCAACAUAAGCGCCCUUUGGAGUCUUGGAAUCAUAGAGCAGUUGGGUCACAUAGGCCUUGGCAUUGAAUUCUACAUCCACUAUACACUGGUGCUUAUUGUUUUAUCUGGGGUGCUAGUUUUAGUGGCUUACCAUGUUCUCAUCCGGAGAUUUAAUAUCGAAUACUUCAGAAGGGUCACGGCAGUUGGGUACUCAUGUGUGGUGUUUGGGUGGAUGACUAUUCUUGCAGUCAAGCAGCCAUCCUCAAAGCUUGAGCUUUUUGGGGUGCUUUCCUUGCCCAUAAGCUUUGCCCCUUUUGAGUCUCUCAUCUUCACCUCAAUAAUUGUUCCACAAGCAAGUUUUUUGGGUCACUUAUCAGGAAUUAUUGUUGGAUAUAUGAUUGCGUGGGGUUUGAUCCAUGGCAUGAGUAACUAUUGGGCUGUUUCUAUGCUUGGGUGGAUUGCAUUAGCAUUCGUUUUCAGCUUGAAGCGAUCGGGUACUUGUGACGUUCCAUUUAUUGAGAUCGAGCCUGUAACGGAUCCCUCACUCCCCACUGUGGGAUUUCUUGCAUCUGGUAACCCUAGAAGCUUACAGAUGAAUGCCCUUCCACUUGGAGGUACUGAUCUUGUCUAGCCCAUGUUCUCAUUGUCUUGAGGAUUUCAACAGGUUACUUUCCACAAGGAUUUGGUGGUAUCAGAGACUGAAAUUAUAUUGAAUCAUCCAAUUCUCAUGCUGGGUUUGUCUUCUGAUGGUAUACUUCAUCCUGUCAUGUUUGUCAAUCUGUGGAAGUUAUUGUUUGAACAGGCUCUGGUUGAAGAUUGUUUUAAAAAUUUCAUGUUGAACAUUCCAUAGUUAACACAUUUUUUAAUGAAUUAGUCCAUGUCAUAUGGCUAAAAGAUGAUGUCUGUGUGUAUUGGAAUCUGAAUUUCUUCUCCUCUUUCUUA